GCCAAUGUAACUUUGCGAGUGGAGUGAAUGGCGCAGACAGUCAGACUCUUCAGCUCUGAGAAGGGACCAUGAUUCGCUUUGACCUGCAGUCUUUCCUCCCCAAAGGACCCAAGAAGAAGAGGAGAGCUCAGAGGGGAUGCGAUAUGUGUGGAGGGGAAUGGGACCUCGGUGUUGAGAGCUGCCUGUGACCCACAUACCCCCACAGUCUGUCCACGGGUUCAUCUCCUACUCCCCUAUGGCUCUGCUCAUUGCACUCCAACCUCUGCUGCUGCUGCUGCUGUGGAUAUUCCCAUCACAAGCCACCGACUCCGUGCUCUCAGGAAGCUGUGGACGACCCGAUCUGAACGUUCCCAAUGUCAACAUGAGCGUGAUAACAAAGAAUAGCUUUAAGGUCGGAGACAGACUGCGAUUGACGUGUGACAAUGGCUACGUGAGGAAGGCCGGGACAUCAAACCUCAUCCACUGUGAGGCAAACCAAUUCCAAUGGUCGAAACCAAAUCUCACUUGCAUUCGAUUAAGUGGUCACCCACCAUUAACAACCACUCCAACAACCGAGGCCCCUAAGGCGGUGACUCCGACCGACAAUGACACGACAGCAAAGACAACAAUAACAACGGCAGAGUCAACAACACCACCAAUUUCAACAACCCUUUCAGACCUUCAUAGAACACCAACUACUGACUUGACAGGCACCACAGGAAGCCAUCGGUUAGCACCAGAGGCCACAUUAGCAGCGAGAUCAGUAGAGACAACAACAGCAGCAACAGACACAGUGACGACACAUUCAGACCAGCCUAGAACAACAGCUACGGACAAUACGGGCACCUCAGGACCGGGACCUUUAUUAUCGACGCGGACAGCAGUCAGGUCAACAACGACAAGCCCCACCACAGCUGAAACAGAAUUUGCAACGACUGUUCUCUCAGAGGGGACUCAGACAGCCACUGCAGAAACCACAGUCACUUAUAGUGCUAACCUUACCACAGAAAAUGCCAGUCCAAUGUACAACAUUAAGGUCAAGGCGGUUGCCGGAGGUUCCGCUGCUGUGAUUAUCGUCAUUGGAGGAGGUCUGUUCCUUCUCUGGCUGUUCGUCGUAAAGAGGAAAGUGUGCAGAUUGACAUCACGUGCUUCGAAGUAUGAAAUGGAACCAGUGGAGCCAAACUCACCAGAAUCAGGGACUGUGGCCGAAGUGGAAUUGGUGAACGAGACCAAGGCUUUACAAAGUGGAGAACACCGAGACUCGGAAAUGAUACAGACACGUCAAGUUCAUCCAUUGUUGGGGUGGUGUGGGGGGAGUGCAUAAGCUUUAUAAAAGCCAGGUUAGAACCAAAGACUGUCGAGGCAGACCUGUAGCAGAAUUGUUGAGGCCAUUCGACCCAUCAAGCCUAAACUACCACAAACUCGUCCACUGAAGCUACCUAAAUAAACCCCGUUUGCUUGUUCUAUUCCCUGUUACUCUUAAUUUGAACACGGAAUUGAGCCCUGGCUGUGGUUCUCUGAUUCCUCCCGGGGAACCCACCUCAAUCCAACCCUCCCACCUCCGCAGCCUUGACCUCAGAGAAUGGACGAGCAGAAAACAGGAUGUAAGGAGAGAGAGAAAAAGGAGAGACGAGGAGAAUUAUUUCUCGAGUGGCUUCCAUCGGACUAUGAACCCUCUGGACUGGCAGGUCAUUUGUCUGUACGUGUGUGUCCGUCUGAACGUCCGUGGCCGUGCACUUUCCUCAAGAUGAGAUAUUCCAGCUCCACUCCUGGAUUCUGCAUCAAACCAAAUGGUCAACGAUCAACCGGUCAGCUUCUGCACAUGAUAAGUGGACCGGACGACAGAGGCCAAAGGCUGAACACAAACACACCUCGUCUUCGGGAAACUCAGUAGUUUUCAAAACCAAAAUAGUCAUUGCUAUCUCCUACAUUUUUGCGCACCAAAGCAAAGUUCUUAAAAGAUAAGAGUUAUAUAUUGUUUAUUUUUGUAAUUAAGACUGGAUCAGCGGAACACCAUUCUUCCAGACUAUUUUCAGAACCAGGAGGAUUGGUUCAGAUGUUCAGUUUAUAUUCACGUAUCAAUGUUAAAGAACACAAACAAACAAA